UCUCCUGAUUUAUCCGCUGCAAUUUCCGAAAUCUAGUAUAUCUCUCUCUAUUUCUCUCUCCAUUUCGUUCAUCCUGCUUCCCAUACAAUAUCAUCAAUGUACUAAUCAUCAUCGCCGAGGUUAGCAGUCGCAGCGGCCCUGUCGUCUUGGGGCGAGGGUCUUAUUGCAGUUUCAUCUCAUAGUGUGCAUAAUAUCUGUCUAUGUAAUAAGAAGUUGUGCGAAGAGUCGGAGUGCUGUUAGCAGCGACGGCGCCCGCGGAUACGCGGGAAUUACCGCUAGCGCAGUUGAAGUGAACAACCAAUCCAUCGCCCCUUACCACCGCCUUACGAUAGCGAAGGCAACAAGAACAACACCACACGGUCAUUGCUUACCCUUUUAGUCUGCCCAUUGGUCCUCCCGUCGAACCUCUAUAUAACUAAUUUUCUCUGCUGGGGACGUACAGACGGAUUGGCUCAUUUCUAUCGCUAGUAGUGGUAAGUGACAAGUGACUGUUAUUCGCCUACACGCGCACCACUAUCGCUGCAAUAAAAGCUGUAUGUCUUAGGAGAAGCAGUGAAUGUCUGUAUUCGUAGGCGCGUCGUGUUCGAUUCUGUGCCUGUGUGCGCUUCUCGUGCUCCAUCCAGUCAACGCUGUGCUUGGAGCGUUUGUGUAUUAGGUAAAAAGACAACAACGUAAGGUGGAGAGGUUGGCGGGUUUCAAAAGUAAGACUAAAGAAAAAAGCAGAUGUCGUUUUACAAAGGCAAAAAAGGCUUUUUACAUCGAACCAAGGAAGAAAGGGACUUAAUAUUCUGCGCUGAUAUUGGCUGCUUCCGCAGCAGCUAGCUUACAGCUGGUCGACCGAAGAAAAGAUUUAUCUGGCGCUGAUGCUCUGCGCGCGCGUACAGCAUUUAACCGACGUAUACCAAAACGAGUGUAACGUGAUGUGCAAGUAAACGACACGUAUAUGGUGCGUCAUGAAGUGACAAUGCACUGAUGAUUUUUCUAGCGUACUUAUUCUGUAGUGUUCUGUUUAUAUUCUACUUUGUGAACAUCAUUCAGAGCCUGCGUAAUUUACGAGGGGCGAAGAUUCGACGAAAUUUAAAGGAAGGCUUGUAGGUAUUGAUGAGUCAGGGUCGAUUGCCCCGUAAAGCAGCAUAACAACAACUAAGCAGAAGAAUCAAUGUUAAGCGAGAAGAGAGCUGUAACGGCAAUUGCGGUAGCCGUGGGCAAAAAUCAACUUUACAGUCUUUCCUACUGCUGAAUUGUUCCGCGGCGGAUAUUUGUUUAGAACCUAAUCAGAGGCACUGUAUAGCCGUAACAGUGGCUAUAUUCAGCGUGAAUUAAAGCGUCUAAGGGGGUGCUCAAGGCGGUGGAUAUGGCGGGCGUUGGAGAUAACUCUACAACGCCCAGUAUUCAUAAUAAUUGUGCCUCAGAAAGAGAGACGACAGCUGUAAGGUGGCUCGGAUCCUGGUCAGGUGUGUGGCCCAGGGCCAUGAUGCUGCCCAGUUGGUUGAAACCAAAUGUGAGCACAUUAUGGGGUCCUUACGUGCCACAUACGUGGACGUACUGGCUCGAGGCCAACUCCAUGACCUUCCUCCAGAUCUUCCUUGUAGUGGUCGCCCUUGUGCUGAUCAUCGUGUAUCUCCACAACAAAUUCGGAGUCAAAGAGCUCAAGGCCGAUGUCGAGAAAAUAAUGGGACUCAACAAAGGGCCGAGAUUCAGAAAACGAGACAAGAUGCUGUUUUAUACGAAGCGAAUGCUGAGACAUGUGAAUACGCUGGCAGCCCAAUCAGUAAAUACAACGAGUACUGGAGGCAAGGGACGUGUAAAGAAGCGUCAAAUGGUGCUACGUUUAGCCAAGAAGAUCAUGUUCCCAAGGAGAGAUAUCCCUCAAUUAACUGUUAAAGAGCCUUCGCAGGCAUUCUUAGAAGAGGACCUCACAGAGCAUCGGGAGGACGCUAAACUGCCACCCGAUGUACUAUAUCUGAUCCGAUCAAUUCGGAUUUUCGGUUUCCUCGAAAAACCUCUAUUCGUUGACCUAUACAAGCACAUCGAAAGUUACAACAUUAUGCAGGGCGAGAUGUUAUUUGACAUCGGCGAUUCUGACGACUCGAUAUAUACAGUCUACAGUGGUUGUAUUAGCGUCUACAUCAAGGAGGGCGGUGACGAUCUUAUGUUCAAGGAAGCACGGGCUGGGGACAGUAUUGCCAGUUUUCUGUCCGGUCUCGUUGUGCUAACGAACAAGGAAAGCACAUUUAAGUCUGUGGCGGCGCGAGCUACUGAAGACUCAAAAGUUUUACGUCUUAGGUACAAAGAGUUCAGUGAUCUCUUGAAAAAGCACCCUGACUCUAUGGUUCGCCUCGUUCAGGUCGUGAUGAUUCGUCUGCAGAGAGUAAACUUUGUCGCUCUUCAUGAGUAUCUGGGCCUUACCACUCAGAUGAUGAAAAACAGGCCUGAACGGAGCAAAAGCUUCAUUAAUCCUGCCAAAAGUAGCCCAGCGAAAGUACCAGUUUCACGAAAAACACCAGGUCUUCUCCCGCAGUCAUUGCCUCAUACUCCGAUCCACGGACCUCCACCAGGGUCGUUACCUGCUGCGCCAGCAGUACCAGCAGAUGGAUGGCCCACAGAGGUACCUGAAGAAAAUGUUACGACGCCAGCCCCGCCUACCGUGGAGAGCGAACCCGUCAGCGUUAUGCGGAAAACGAGUAAUAUUGUACAUCGGAUUGCAACGGGUUCUGCGGCACUUCUCAUUGAUGUUUCAUCUGUCGGACAAUCACCACAACCGGUUAGUCAGAGUCUCCCUAACCAAGCUAAAUCAAGCAGUAUGACCGCUAUUACUUCCAAAGGGCGGCGCGCUUCCGUUGUCGGUAACGUGAACGAGAACACAAUGCGCGCUCCGGAACCCAGCGAAGAAGAGUGUCUGGCCCAAGCAACCCGCGCUUUCGCUCGCAUUCUUAACUUGUCCACCGAAGACCAACUUAAAGACAAACUAACGAUUCGCGACUACAAACCCGGCGAGAAUAUCACAAAACAGAACGAUCUCGAACAUAUCAACCAUCUUUACUACAUUAUUUGGGGAACGGUUGAGGUUCGCCAAAAGGCGUCGCAUAAAAGCAGCGAUCCUGAUGAGAUGUAUUUUGCUCACGCUGGUGAUACUGUGGGCAUUUUCGAGACGCUCACAUCAGAAAUCCCAUUUGUAACCCGUGUAGCACGCACCCGUGUUCGUGUAGCAAGCGCUCCAUCAUCAACCAUCUAUUCUUUACUAGUGAACAACCCAGACGCAGUCCUUCACCUUGCAGCAAAUCUCAUAGAGAAACUUUCAUCGUUUGUCAGGCAGAUUGACUUUGCCAUGGAUUGGAUUCAGGUUGAUAGCGGACGAACGGUGUAUCGGCAAAACGACACGUCAGAUGCUAUGUACAUAGUUCUGAGCGGACGUCUUCGAUCAGUAACGACUGCGGCCGACGGCAAGCGACAUCUCGUGGGCGAGUACGGUCGUGGAGAUCUGGUCGGUCUCGUUGAGGUUCUUACAGAAGCUCCUCGCACCUCCACUAUGAUGGCUGUCCGCGACAGUGAGCUGGCUAAACUGCCCGUUGGGUUGCUCAACGUCAUUAAGAUAAAGCAUCCCGUGGUGGUGACUCGUCUCAUUCAGCUGCUGGGCCAACGGAUACUCGGCAGUAUGCGUCGUGAGUCGGUGUCGCCUACACAGGAUGUAGUACCUAUUCGCAAGUCGCAAUCAAACUUCUCAACUAUCGCAUUGCUGCCAGUCACCGACGACGUACCUCUGCAUGCGUUUGCCAUGGAGCUUAACUAUUCAAUUCAAGGUCUCUCGUUACGUUUGACAUCAGACUAUGUGAAGAAGGAGCUUGGUCCAAACGCACUUGACAAAAGCAACGAGUACAGGUUGUGCUCGUGGCUGGGACAACUUGAGGAUAGACACAAAGUUCUGCUUUAUCAGUGCGAUAGAGAUUUCACUUCUUGGACUCAACGGUGUAUUCGACAGGCCGAUUGCAUUCUGAUCGUCGCGCUAGCAGAGAGUGGUCCACAGGUAGGACAACUUGAACAGCAGGCCGAAACUAUUGCGAAACGUACCCAAAAGGAACUUGUACUUUUGCAUCGAGAGGGUGGACCGAGUCCCUCGAAUACAGUUGAGUGGCUCAAUAUUCGAUCAUGGUGUUCAUCGCAUCAUCAUCUGCGGUGCCCUAAGCGCAUAUUUAGCAAACGCAGUAAACUACUAGAUGUCUACCGAAAAUUGGAAGGGGUGCCAUGUAACACGCAUUCGGACUUCGCCAGACUAGCCAGGUUUCUGACAGGAACCUCCAUCGGACUGGUUCUGGGCGGUGGUGGCGCAAGAGGCUGUUCCCACGUAGGGAUGAUUAAGGCCAUAACGGAGGCAGGCAUUCCAAUCGAUAUGGUAGGUGGAGUGUCUAUCGGAGCCUUCAUGGGUGCGCUAUGGGCUCAAGAGAUGGAUAUGACGCCCUUCACGCAAAAAGCCCGUGACUGGGCAUACCGCACGGUCUCGCCUUGGCAGCAGAUAUUCGACAUUACGUAUCCGAUAACGGCAUGGUUCACGGGCUACGCAUUCAACAGCGGUAUUCACGCGACUUUCGGCGACAAACAGAUCGAGGAUCUUUGGCUACCGUACUUCACCGUAACGACUGAUAUCACGAGCAGCUACCCUCGGGUACAUAAGCAUGGUUCGCUGUGGAGAUACGUUCGAGCCUCAAUGUCCCUUGCUGGAAUUUUGCCUCCGUUGUGUGACCCGAUUGAUGGGCAUCUGUUGUUAGACGGCGGUUAUGUGAACAAUCUGCCUGCGGACGAAAUGUACCGACAGAUGGGCGCCGAAACAAUCAUUGCCGUCGACGUGGGAAGCCAGGACGAGACAGACCUCACUAAUUACGGCGAUACCCUAAGUGGCUGGUGGCUCCUAUGGAAGAGGACUGUGCCGAACUUUGGAGAGCCUGUAAAGAUUCCGAAUUCAGCUGAAAUUCAAUCGCGACUUGCGUACGUGUCAUGCGUGCGCCAGCUCGAGGAAGUUAAGACAAGUGACUACUGUAUGUAUGUCCGGCCACCGAUCGAUAAGUACAAAACUCUGCAAUUCGGUCUGUUCAAUGAAAUCAUGGAAGUCGGUUAUCAGCAUGGCCGUACGCUGUUCGCCGGCAUGAAAGCUGUCCAGCAUGAUCGCAAAAUGAAAUUUUUCGUGACAGGCGGCGUAUCUAGUGAAGAUAUCCCGAAACAAGCUCCACUAAAGCCGACGACGUUUACCGAUCUUGCAUCGAUCGUUUGCAGGGUAAAGAAACCUGUUAAAGAAACCUUUGAGGAAGAUGAUUUACAUUCAGAUAACUUCGUUGACGAUACCGACUUUAGCCAGGAGGAGAUCUGAUAGUAAGAUCAUAAGCGAAUAAACGCCGUAACACAAGGGUGCCUAGCUAGAAAAAGCACUUGUCUGUCUGGUCUUUCACUGAAGAGGACAAGAGGAGAAAUCAAAGGGUUCACGACUCCUGAAGUGAAUAUGCUGGGCAAACAGCAUCAGAUAUUCUACAGAUGAAUAUUAUUUAAGUUGCGGACAAGCGUGGCGUCUCGUAUACUAUGGCGUAAAAAUCGAGAAAAAAAAAACCUGCCUGCGUGUGGAACCCUUAAGAUGUAAGUUGUAGUAGCUGAACAAAAGGCAGAUUUACCUAGGAGGGGAAACAACGCUCAUUUCUAUAUCCUUUGAUUUGGAGUAACAGCUUUAGACCGUCAGACUGCAUAUGUAAAUGACGCAUUGGUAAACAGCGAAUCGCGAGGCACCGAAGGCGACACCUAAAAAGAAAAGUAGACAGUAGCAACGGCAAAAAUAAGCGUAUUCGUAGUACACCGCGCUAUACUUGCGAUAACUAGUGGCUAACGGUUGAAAUGUGUUAUCUCAUCAAGUCUCGCCCAAUCAUGCCUACACCAAAGCUGAGCGUAUAUAGAAUCCGAACGGACUUCAUAUAAUCAUGGUUGAUUAAUUACAUUUAUGUAUAAUUUAAUGGUUUUACAAUUAAUGCUGUUAUUUUUAUUAAGUGAUGUAUAGAAAAUGACGAUUGCGACCUGUAACGAGGUAAAUAAAGACGCACGAAAAGCAUAAAAGUGUAAAGCUCACAAACAUAUAUACAUAUAUAAGAAAAAUAGCAAAAAAAAAAAAAGAAGAAGAAAGUGGUGAAUUUAAUCAAUAAUGUAAGUAAACGAAUAAUCGUACAUGCUUGUGUGUAUGAUGUUAUAUGUAUAUGAGAUAAGAUGAUUAAACGAGUUGUUUAAAACAACUCGGGUGUAAUUUAUGCGGUAUUGAAGGUAUUGAGCGAUUUACAGCGCAUAUAGGAAUACUUGAAGUGUGUCAUUUUUCGAGUGAGCUAAGACGAGAAGUAAUGCUAUUUUAAAAAAAUAAAUAAAGUCAGUAGAAUAGGUUGUCUUUAA